UAAUCAGAAUUUUCGGCGAAAUCAAAUCACAAUCAUUCUAUCGCUAUCCAACUUCGGUGACCCCGUUUUGGGUCGACCGCCCACCAGGUGGCCACGGAUGUGAAGUACUCAUCGCCCGUCACCCAAUGCCCGGUGCCUAGGGUGACUAUUUAUCUGCUCCAACUGGUUCUGGUGGCCAUAAACAUAAUCCUCCGCUGACGCCGCUGCUCGCCAACUGAAUUGCAGGCAAACGCUUUACAUAUCUGACGUUAAUCUCACGGAUACACGGCUACACGGCCACUCAGAUACACACAGAACAGAAACACAGCUGCGCAGAUACACUUGUGCAGUGUGCUGUGGACACAGAUAUCACUGUAUCUGGAUAUCUGGAUCCAUCGUGAUAAGAGCCCCGAUGUUAUCAGCCUGCCUCUCCGGCUCUCCGGUUCUCCGAAGUCUCCCACACUCUCGAUCCAAGCUCGUGUGGGUGUAUUGUUCGCCAUUAUCUAAACGGUUUUCGGUGGGGUUUCGGGUUGAAUGAUGAAUGCCAACGGCUAGACGGAGCGCACACACAAAUUCCAAAUUCCCAGCGAACGGAUUCGGAUCAACUGCAGCCAGUUUAGCCAGGUGGUUGGCUAGUCCAAACAACAGAAAUCACAUCCAUCGGCAAAGAGCAACUGAAGUUCCAAUAAAGUUUAAGCAAAGCCAUCUAGAUAUCUAGAUGGCAACCUCAGCGAUGAGCGGGGUGGGCGUUGGCGUGGGCGUGGCCAGCUCGAGUCCAGUGCGAAGAUCCACCGCCAGAGCCACAGCCGGAAUCCAAAGACGCCGGGUGGUCAAGAAGCACAUCCAACAGAAGUACAUGCUCUGCGGAUUUGCCAUACACGCUUUCCUUGCCACCCCCGCUUAUCUGUACGGCAAUGUGGUCGAAUCGGAUAAGGAUUUGGUGCUGAGGAUCUGGCCGGCGAUUGUUUACCAGGCCACCGGAGAGCUAUGUCGCUCCAUCAUGGAGCAUCUGGACACAGAGUACAGUGGCCGAUCGAGGGAGACGACCCAGUACCGAAAGGUCUUCCUCCUGGCCACGCUCAUCGCCUGCGUCUCGCUGAUGGUCAGCGGCAUCCUGUUCUCCUCCGCCUGGAUCGUGGUCACCACCACCACCCAGGUGGUGGCCAUCGUCUUCUACGGUUUUUUUGCGGGCAUUGGGUCCAGCUUGUACCUGUGGAAGACGCACGUGAUCCUGGAGGCAGUGCGUCCGCGGGAGGACAAGUACGUCCGGAAGACGAUCCACCUGUGCGGUGAGGCCUUCUGCCAGCUGUUCCUCUCGUUCGUGUUCACCAGCCUGAGGACUUUGUACGGCACCGCCCAGUCGAUUGUACUGAUGUCCGCGCUGCUGGUGAACCUCAUCCCGCUGAGCCUGAUCAUCACGAAGCACCGCGAGGAUGCCUUCACCACGAAGCGGAUUUCGGUGAUCAAGGCGGAGACAGGAUUCGCAGCACUGCCGCUGAGAGCCGCCCUGGCUGCGAAUUUGGUGGCGGAUCAGCUGGAUGGCCUGGAUACGCUCUCCUGGCGGAAUCCGGCCAACGAAAUGGUCGCCGCACCGGGGGCAGCCGUCGCUGCUGCGGUUGUGGAUACGCACAGCAAUUACAUGCUGGCCACGGAUGAAGCGUACGUUACGUAUGUCAAUCCCAACGGUGUGGAGAUCAUGGAGAUCAUUCCCGAGGAGGACGAAACGGUGUCCAUGAUGCGAUCGAGCAACGCCACCAUCGACAACUAUGCCAUGUCCGCUUCGCAGACGUCGCACAAGUCGCUGUCCAAUGGUCGGCUCUAUCCACUGGCGAACCAGUUCCCGCUUACCACCGGAACUGGAACCGCCACCGGAACCGGAAGCUCCUCGCCCCUGCCGCCCGAUUAUGCCAAUUUGCGCCGCUUUCGUCGAAUGUCGCGAGCGGUUACCUCGCAUCUGUGGUGGAAUCUGCUGGACAAGAUCGCAAUGCCGCUGCAGCAGGCGCUGAUGGUGCCGCAGCUGUACGCCACCACACUGCUCCUCUCCGCGGACAUCUUCAGCUACGUGAUGUGCCUCACAGUGCUCCCCGGACUGGCGGUCAGUCACCACGCCCUGAAGAACGCGGAGAUCCCCUUUCUCUUCUCCCUGCUGGCCUUCCCCUGGAUGUGCUUCUCCCUGAUGACGCCGCGUUUCGGGACGAGCCUGUAUAAGAGGAAGAUCCAGUGGCACACGAUGGGCAGCCUCGCCAAGUGCCUGGCACUGAUCUUCAUUAGCUUCUCCACCUCGAAGCUGCUGCUCAGCGUGUCCGCGGUGCUCCUGGGAUUUGGACAGGUGGUGACCGCCUUCCUGCAGGAGCUUGUCUUCCAAAUGGGAAUGACGCGGGCCAACUGGACGGCCAUUCGGCGACCGGUGCACUUUACCAAUGGUCUGUUGGUGCUCCUCUGGGGCGCCCUUGCCCAUUGGGUGGUGGAGCGGUACUCGUUCCAGGCCACCGUGGGAUUUGCCGGAGCCCUCUACGGAGCGACCACGUUGUUCUGGAACUUUCUCUUCUUCUGCUGCCAGGGAAAGGAUUGAGGAGCUAAAGAUCUAAAGGACCUGGACAAUUCGCGGGGAUCGCGGGGGAUGUGUGUUGCUGUUGUUGACGUUGUGGAAGAUCUGAAGGUGUUGUACUUGUGCAGUGAUAUUAAUAAAUAAACUAAUAAACUAUAAAUAAAGUAA